AUGUCCCAGUAUGUGUCCCGCACAGACUCCAAGGGAGCACUGGACAGCAGCAGCCCCGAAGCCAACACGGAAGAUGACAAGACCGAAGAGGACAUGCCUACACCCAAGAACUAUCUGUGGCUUACCAUUGUCGCGUGUUUUUGCCCAGCGUACCCAGUCAAUAUCGUGGCUUUGGUCUUCGCAAUCAUGUCUCAGAACAGCUACAAUGACGGAGACUACGAAGGAGCCCGGAGGCUGGGGCGGAAUGCCAAGUGGGUGGCCAUCGCCUCCAUCCUCAUCGGCCUGGUCAUCAUCGGUGUUUUCUGUGCGGUGCACUUCUCCAGGAAGUAA